CGUGCCCUUUCGCAUUUCUCAAAAAUCCAAAGGACCGAUGCCCUUUCACCCGCAACUCUCAACAAUCAGGGUUCUCAGAGAGAGAAAGAAAGAAAGAGCGAUAGAGGUUCUAAAAUUUUGGUUAGAACAGUGGAUUUCACCCUGAUUUUUUACCCAUUUCUCGUAAGAGUUGUAAGAAACCAGCCGUCGGGGCAGUAUUCAGGACCGUUAGUGUUUCACGUUGAAGAGAAAGAAAAUCAAUCUACGAGGAACAGAUACCGUUAGUGUUUCAGGUUGAAGAGAAAGAGAAUCUACGAGGAGCGGAUAAGUAGAUAGUUCAAGACCUGUAUCGCAACUAUCCGCCAAGCAAGAUUGAGAGGAUUAACUAGCAAGCAGCGCUUGAUUUCUUAAAUCACAAGAUGGCCUCCAUAAAUGAAGUGAAAGAUGCACAGAAUAAUCCACCUGAAAUCCAGAGCAACCCACCUGAAAUCCAUGUUACGGUGGAAGACGGCCGAGAUAUUGAGCCCCCAACACAUGACAAUGUAAUGGGGUUUGACACAAUUUCUCAGCAAUCAUUCCCAGAAAAUAGAAAUCAAGCACUUUUCAGUUCUCGGAGAUCGCCCACCAUAACAUUUGGGAGAGCUGUAGGAGUAACUAGACUUCAUCAAGUCUGGCCUGGAAAAAAUAUAUUUUUGUUUGGAGGACGGCUUGUUUGCGGCCCUGACCCAAGAGGGUUGGUGCUGACUACAGUUUCCAUUGCAAUUUCUACUUUGGUCUUCUGCAUGUAUGUGGGUCAGAAUUUUUCAAGUGAUUCGGCUCUCAUCAUCACCUUUGCCGUGAUCCUUUCAUCAAUUGUCCUCUUCAGCUUGUUCUUGGUAGGUGGAACCGAUCCGGGUAUCAUUCCAAGAAAUGAAGAGAGUCCUUUGUCAUCAGAGUUGUUAAGAGAAGAUGGGAGAAUGAAGAGUAGGAGAGUCGAGGCAAAUGGGAUGGAGACGAAGAUGAAAUACUGUACAAUUUGUAUGAUAUUUAGACCACCUAGGAGCUGCCAUUGCGCUAUCUGUGAUAACUGCGUCGAAAGGUUCGACCACCACUGCCCUUGGGUGGGCCAAUGCAUUGGACUGCGAAAUCACAAGCAUUACUUGGCCUUCCUAUCAUCGGCUUUGCUGCUCUACCUCUACAUAUCUGCAUUCUGCUGGGCAGCCAUCAAAGAGAGGAUGUCGGAAACUGAUGCAGGUUUAUUUAAUGUGAUGGGUCGCAUGCCUGAAACCGUCGCUCUCUCGCUUUUCAGCUUUGUCAUAAUCUGGUUCCUCGGGGGCCUUACUACCUUUCAUUUAUACCUCAUCGCCAUAAAUCAGACGGCAUAUGAGAACUUCAGGUUGCGUCACAUUGGAAGAACAAACCCAUACGAUAAGGGGACCCUGAACAACCUGAGAGAAGCCUUAUGUGGGAAGGUGCCGCCUUCAGAGGUGGAUUUCAGGGCAGAAGUCAACCCCACGUGGUUUCCAGGUGUCGGAAAGAAAAUGGAAGGUGGUGGUUUUGGAGUGGGAGAGAAGCAUCAGCCGACACCGGCGGUGGAAAAGGGGACUGGCAGCCAGCGCUUUGAGGAAGUGGAUUUGAGAGUGUGAGAAUCAGAUAGUUUGCCUUGUUAACUAUUUAAAUGUAACAUCUGUUCAUUUGCUUAUUCAUUCUGGUGAACACCCUUUGCAAGUGUAACUAUUUAAAUGUAACAUCUGUUCAUUUGCUUAUU